GUCCAGCGCCGAAAUGACAGUGAGGUGUGGAGCAGCAGGCUCAAACUAAAUAUCAGUGAUCGGACCAUCCAUGGCGACGCGAUCUAUCACCCGUGCAUUCACGUUACUCAUCGCGCACGCAAAACUCGGCGACGAUCGAGCUCGAGCACAACUGUCAAGCUAAUUUCACUCAUAUCGGCGUAAGCCUCAUUCACGCAUUUGCACCAUGAGCGCAAGCUACGGCAACGGCGCAAAUGCGCCUGAAGAAGAAGAGGACGACGACUACAUGAACAUGACCUUUGACGAUCCCACACCCAAGCAAGAGACCUCUCUCCAGCGCACGCAACGGCUCAAGGCUGAAUCGCGCGCGCGGGGUAUCAUCAAAUCCAAGGCUGAACGCGCUGAGGAGGAGGCGGCUGCGCGGGAAAAGGCACUGUCGACGUCACUGCUGGAAGACCCCAAGGCCAAGAAGAGCAAAGGUCUCGCCAUGAUGGCAAAGAUGGGCUUUGCAGGGGGCGGUCUAGGAAAGAAAGGCGAGGACGGCACUACGAUAGGCAGAGCUGAGCCUAUCAAGGUGGACGUCAAGGAGGACCGGGGCGGCAUUGGUAUGGACAAUGAGAAGAAGAGGAAGCUGCAAGAGGCUGUGGCCGAGCGGGAUAUCAAGACCGUCAAGAUGGAUCCAGACGAGUAUCGGGACCGAGUCCGGAAAGAGAGGGAAGACGCCAGACUCGAGAAGCAGCUGCACGCAGCGCAGCGCAUGGCAGAGCUUUUGGACGAGGAGAAGAGCGUAGCGCCAAAUCAAGAGGGAGAAACACAGCCAAAAGUCACGCCCAUGUCGGCGCGGCCACUCAAGUCAAUCUCGGUGCUGUAUCGUGGCCUCACUCGCCAUCGCUUGGAGCAGGAGCGGGAUCGUCGGAUGCGCCAUGAUCUGGAGCUGUCGCUAUCACGACUACCCACGUACGAAGACGAGGAUGAAGAUGAGGACGACAAGAAGGCUCUGGGGAAGAAACAGACGACAUAUACGGAGAUUGAAGACCUUGAUGAAGAGGAUACCGAACUGGAAGAUUUCGAUUCUCUAGAGGUCGGUGAGCGCCUGCGUCAGUUGCUCGAGUACCUGCGCUCCCAGCAUCUCUAUUGCUUCUGGUGCAAGACCGCCUACCCGGACUCGGAGAUGGAUGGCUGCCCAGGACUGACAGAGGAGGACCACGACUGAUCGAUGCUACAAUGAGAUUCCAGCUAGCCAGCAAACCUCUGCACCCGCAUGAUAUUCCAACCCAUCGCAAUAUUCAGCAAUAUCAAGCAAUCAUGACCCGAGCCUUACA